CCCCUUGAGGUAAAAUUCCCAUGAUGUCACCAUUGACAUAUAAGAUCAUUACGGAAGUGAACCGGGCGACGAAACAGACAGAAACCCAAAUAAGUUGGUGUACGCUUCAUUGAUAUUUACAGAUAGUCUAUCAUCAUGCUGGGAGGAGGAUUUAAAGCAGAGAGGCUAAGAGUCAACCUCCGGCUGGUCAUUAACCGACUCAAACUCCUUGAGAAAAAGAAAACUGAGCUUGCUCAAAAGGCAAGGAAAGAGAUCGCAGAUUACCUUUCAUCGGGAAAGGAUGAGCGGGCACGAAUCCGUGUGGAGCACAUUAUCAGAGAAGACUAUAUGGUGGAAGCCAUGGAGAUCCUGGAGCUCUACUGUGACCUCCUGCUGACUCGCUUUGGUCUCAUUCAGUCCAUGAAGGAACUGGACCCAGGCUUACAGGAGGCAGUGUCCACUCUCAUCUGGGCAGCUCCUCGCCUCCAGGCAGAGGUGUCUGAACUAAGAACUGUAUCUGAGCAGCUAUGUGCAAAAUAUAGCAAGGAGUACGGCAAGCUGUGCAGGACGAACCAGAUUGGCACGGUCAAUGAUAGGCUGAUGCAUAAACUGGGCGUGGAGGCCCCUCCCAAGAUCUUGGUGGAGCGCUACCUGAUAGAGAUCGCCAAGAACUAUAAUGUGCCAUAUGAACCUGAUGCCAUGGUCCGGCCCGAGGUGUCUCUUGGAGAAGAUGCAGACCUGAUUGACGUGGACAAUGACAAGAAGUCUGGAAGAGGAGGAGGAGGGGGGGGUGGUGGAGGUUUCACUGCUCCCAAUGCAGCUAUGCCCAUGCCUAUGCCCAUGCCCAUGCCUAUGCCAACAGCUUUCAACUAUCCACCUCCCAAAGGAGCGGAACCGUAUAAUGCUCCAGUUGGAACCUACAAUGACUUCCAGCACCCCAUGGGAGGAGGGCUGCCCCCUCAGCUGCCCUCAUGUCCCCCCACAUACGAGUCUAUUGAUGACCUAACCGUCAAACCUUUUGUUCCUUCACAGGCCGUAGGUCCCGGCCUAUUUGACAACAACGCUCUCCCAGAACUCCCCUCUGUUCCCGACACACUCCCCACAUCCUCCUUCGGCAGAAACGCCACAAACUCGGAUGACAUUGAUUUUGACGACUUAACGCGGCGGUUCGAGGAGCUGAAGAAGAAGACCUAAUUGCUAUAUCCCUGGUCUACACACACACACAUAUACACACACACAUACACAUACACACACAUACACACACAGGCCUGUGCCAUCAUCUACGCAGCUCAGAACAGGAAAUGGAAAACAAGUUCAAGGCUAUGAAUCCGAUUUGGAUAGUUCUCCACCUUCCACGGUGAAGUAAUCUUAAAUAGAUAUUAAACAAAUAUGUAUUCUUACCUCAUUUGUAUAAUUAUGAACUUGUCAGUUAACAGAAUUCUCAUUUCAGUUGGCAGUACCAGUGACUGCCACAUGUUUUAAUUUCUUUCUACAGGGCACAUAAUCUAUAUUCUUACAUGCAAUCACGUGGGUGUCGGCUGCUGUUCACUCCUUCUCAUUUAAGGUUACACUGACUUUUAACGUUUCCAAUUUGUCUGUGUGAUCUACUAUAUAACCUAAUUUAGAUUUUAAUUGUUUUUCCAGGGGACUUUUUGGGUCUGACGAAUAUUUACAGUACAUGCCUUGAUUUGACUUCGCACUGUGUCACUCAGUUCUGUCUCAGACUAGUCAAACAGGCCCGACUGGCCGCCCCAGUUUGAUGAGAAGCUGCCGUUCACGGUAACAAAGGCUAGAGAUAAUUUCUGAGCUAAGGGCACAAUACACAACAAUUUUCUUUGCAUAAAGGUAUCGGACUGAUGGAAGCCAUAUUUUCAGUGUCUUGCGCAGUCAUGCAGUUUUGUCACUGUGGAAAUGAUGUUUUAAAACCCUCUCUUCAAGGUUUAUUUAUACUAGAAAAAAGGGGUGUAUGAGCUCUUCAGGAAAAGCUCAUGGGGACACAUGUCAAACCUGUUACAGGGGUAUAGUGUAUGGAAAUCUGUAAUAUAAUACAAUAACGAUAUAUAGACCUAUUUACAGGAAAGAUUGAACUGUAAAGCAUAAAGUUUGGUAGUAGGGAGUUGUCCAUAUUUGACAAAUCUGGUUUUUAUAUACAGUAUCUCCAAAUAAAGGUUUUUUUUUUUUUUUUGCCCCUUUGAAUGUCAGUCUUUUCAAAUACAUGCACCUUCUUAUUGUUAAAGUACUUAAUUUACAAGCAAAAUGUGUGCAGACAUGAGCAGCCACACAGCAACCUUAUUUGAUUGAUUUGAUAUAAAUAUUGAUCAGUUGGUUUAGUCCUCUGUGAUCGUGUGUGCAUGUGUCUUAUUCUGUAUGUGCAACACCACUGCAUUUGCCUUAGUCACCAUUUCUCAUUGGAUGCCUUGCCAGUCUGUAUUAUUAUGGAUUAGAUUACACUUUGCUUUAUUAGCUUUGCCCAAACGCAAUUCUCUAAAAACCUGUUAAGUUGAAAUUUGUGUAUUUGAUGAAAAAACACCUGUACUGGCAAUAGAGGUCGAUGUUUCUAUUUCUUGUGGAGAAAUGGGAAACAUUUCUCCACAAGGUCCAAGGUUUUGUUGACAUACAGACGUGACGCGUCGCUGCAACCUAACCCCACCCAGCUCUGCUUGCAUGGCAAAUGGACGAUGGCCUUGAAUAACAUGAUUCAGCAAUCUCUGGAAAGCGAAUUAAAAAGCUUUCCAGCUGGGUGAUAGACUCAGUUUAUUGAUAUGUUUUACAUAUGUUGGAUAAAGUAGAGGGAGAGAUUAUUAACACUACAGAACUGUGAUCUGAUCACUGUCUUUUCUAUGUUGGAUUGUUCUUUCAUGAUAAACAUUGAGACACAAAAUGGUGUCUUGUUGCAAAAAA